AUGUUACCAAUGGAAAAGCGCCACAUAUUUGAUCAAUUCUACACCCCAGCCUUAUAUCGUGCCGAAUUUGAUGCAAAACCAAUGGUUCUAUUUCUCGGGCAGUAUUCGGUUGGUAAAACAUCGAUGAUCAAAUUCUUGCUGAAUGGAGAGGAAUAUCCCGGCAGUAUGAUUGGACCAGAACCAACUACCGAUUGCUUCACAGUUGUCUACCAUUCCCUCAACAAAGGCGCCGUUAUGGGCACAUCACUGGCAUCCGAUUCUACUCUUCCUUUCCAGGUACUUUAA